UGAGUGGCUGGGGUGCCCCCGCUGUUUCCGUCAUUCUCCAAUCAUACGUGUUUCUUCCGGAGGCCGCGAGACAUAUGGUAUCAAAAUUAUAGCUAUAAGAAACUGUAAAGAUAGCUCAGAAACACAGGACACAGUAUGAUUCAUCCAUAGUCAUGCUGCGGGGUUGUCCGAGUGCAUCCAAUCACUACUCCUUAGACCCUUUUCUAGAUGCUACCUAGUCUACUAUACUGAACGAGAAGGAAGUUCAAGUGCACCGAAUAUAAGAACCCCCAGAGACUUCUUAGAACCCAGUUACUAGAAUUUAAUGACAACUGCAUUGCUUCGAGUGAGCUCUUUCUUCCAGAAAGACAAAGCAGUCAAGUAACAGAAACAGAUCUAUUCCGUUCUUGAACUCAAUAUCUCAUCCCACUGUUGUUAUUCUCCCCAUUAGUCCAUAAUGGCUCCUGACAUUGCAAUCAUCGGUGCUGGGCCAUGCGGACUAACAUUCGCUCGUUUGCUCGAGCUCAACAAUAUCAACUAUAUCAUCUUCGAGCGUGACGCAUCAUCCACACCCACGCCGCAACAUCAGGGUGGCACCUUGGACUUACACCCAAAAACAGGCCAGCUCGCUCUGAAGCGCGCAGGUCUUUUUGAAGAGUAUAGCAAGAUCGCUCGCUGGAACGCCGGUACAGGAGUCGUUAUGGACCCAGCCGGUAAAACGUACGUCAAUUUUGACAAAGGAGCGGAGGGACCCGAGAUCGAUCGUGUGCAAUUGCGUCGUCUUCUCCUUGAUUCUGUGCCCGAGGAGAAAAUCCGUUGGGAUCAUGCUGUCAAGGCUGUGGAGAAGGUUGAAUCUGGUGCCGGUUGGGUGAUUAGAUUUGCGGACGGCAGCACGGCGGCUGGGUUCAAGCUCAUUGUUGGAGCUGAUGGAGCAUGGAGCAAGAUCAGGCCGCUGAUCACGCCUGCAAAACCGGUAUAUUCCAGGAAAAUGUAUAUCGAAGGCCGCAUCCCGCAAGGCAAUCCACGCUACGCCGCUGUCAACGCAGUUACGGGCGCUGGAACAAUGAUGGCGAUGGGGGCUGGUAAGCAGCUUGCUGUACAACAGGUGGCCGACGGAUCCUAUCGGGUGUAUCUUGGACUGCAAGUGCCCGAAGACUUUCCCCGCAACAUUAUUGACAUUUCUUCCACAGAGUCUGCUAAGAAUACAUUCUUAUCUUCCUCUGAAUUCUUCGCCGAUUGGGCGCCAGAUCUCAAAGAGAUUAUCGCUAAUACAGAAGGGCCCCUCCGCUCCUGGGCGAUGCAUAGAAUGCUUGUCGAAUCGAUGGGGUGGACGCGUGUCCGUGGCCUUGCUCUCAUAGGUGAUGCAGCGCACGUCUCGACGCCUUUUGUUGGCGAGGGCGUCAACUGGGCCAUGUACGACGCACUUGUGUUGGCAGACCGUAUCGUCGAGCAAUAUAAGCGCACUGGUGACGGAGUCGCAGAUGAAGACGAUCAAUUGGAGCGUGCAGUGGCACAGUAUGAAGAGGAAAUGUUCCCGCGUGCCAAGGACUUUAUCGAGCGUUGCAUGGCUAGUGAGGAGUUAUGCUUCAGCGAAGAUGCUGCGCAACGACUUGCAGAUAUCCUCCAUGAUCCCAGCCAGACCAUCUUGGGCAAGGCCUGAGAACAGAAAUUGGACAAGAGACGGGGGUUUGACUGGUAACUUACUGUGCUGCAUAUGGGGGUAUCCUGUUUAAUAUACGUUAUAUGCGUUAGUGAAGCGCUGGAUAGAUGAAUACAAUCUCCAUUUCUAUUCUCUUCUCUAGCUCGCCUCCAUGUAUAGGUGAAGACUAGCUAGCUGGAGCCCGAUGUCAUGAUUUCGAUUCUGCUCAGUAGGCGGUUGCAAUUGAUCCAUGAUGCGAUACUCCCUCAAUAAACCUUAGUAUGACAGGUGCUAUUCGAACAGUAACAUGACAGGGUUGAUAGUUUAUGUAGGGACAAGUGGAAUGAGUGACUGCUUCUGCGCCUCCAGGACUCAGACAGGAUGACAGGUCAGAUCUAGACCAGUUAGGGC